AUGGCUACGAAAAAUUAUAAGGAAAAAAUACCCCUUGAGUCAGCGAGAGCGGGGGCGGAAGAUGACUCAUCGGCGGAUAACCCGGUUAUUGACAUAGGAACGGAACAGACUACGAGUUUGAUGAUCAGCAUACCCGACACUGCAACAGCUACAGCAGGACACAAGCUCCAGAGCUGCACAUGUGGCUGGGAAAAGGUUACUUCCACUAGAGGCCUAAAAAUACAUCAGGGCAAGAAAGGGUGCCUAAAGAAGGGUCAACAGGGAUCUCGCAUCGACAGCUACUUUCUGAGAAGCAGGUCGAGUCAGUCGACUGAAGUUCAGCAGCGGGGCCAAAACCACAGUCUGCAGGACAUCAACAUCCCUGUCCCAGAAGAGGACGAACCUUGCACAGGAAACCAACCUGAACCCAGCCCAGCAAGACCUGCAGUGGAAAAGAAGAUCCAGGGGCGAAGGCCACUGAUCAAGUGGCCAAAAUCCUGCGAAAAGGCACUGUGGAUGGAGGUCAACACCGACCUCUGCAACAUCUUAGAGGGGCUCAAAGGCACCACCAGGAAGAAGCUGGAGAAAAUGGGAGAUCUUAUAUACACCUAUGGAUCGGAAAGGUUUGGAGCAGUCGAAAGAAAGAGAUCUGAACCGACAAUCCCCACUAAGUCCAGGAGGCAGAAGGAAAUAGAUCGCCUAGUCAGAGAGAGGAGGCAGCUGAAGAAGCAGUGGAGGAAAGCCACAGAGGAGGAAAAGGAGGGCAUCAACGUCUUGCAGGAGGCCAUCCGGAGUAGACUUGUGACACUGAGAAGAGCGGAAAAUCUGGUAAAGAAGCGCAGAAGGAAGGAACAGACAAGAUCACGCUUCUACAAAGACCCCUUCAAAUUUGUGAAGAGUCUCUUUACAGCGGAGAAGAGUGGAAGCCUCUCAGUGUCAAAGGCAGACCUGGAAAAACAUCUGGAAAAGUCCUGCACAGAUGCCAAACGCCACGAAGAGGUUAUUCUCCCAUCUGAUAUGCCACCAAUCAACCCGCCAGAGCACCAGCUAGAUAUCAGCCCACCCAGAUGGAGCGAAGUGGAGAAAACUGUGCGUAGAGCAAGGGCUGCUUCAGCCCCAGGUCCUAACGGAGUUCCAUACAGGCUCUACAAAAAUGCACCAGAUGCCCUGCGAUUCCUCUGGAAGCUCAUGAGGGUGGUCUGGCAAAAGAAGGAGAUACCAACAUCCUGGCAGAGAGCUGGAGGAAUCCUUAUCCCAAAGGAAAAGGACUCCUCAGAAAUCGGCCAAUUCCGCCAGAUCAGCCUCCUAAACGUCGAGGGGAAGAUAUUCUUCAGUGUGGUCGCUCACAGGCUGGCAGGAUACCUGCAAAGAAACCAUCUGAUUGACACAUCAAUCCAGAAAGCAGGCAUCUCUGGCUUCUCCGGUUGUCUGGAACAUGCGAGUACCAUCUGGCAUCAGAUCAAAGUUGCCAAGACGGAGGGAACAGAUCUUCACGUGGUGUUCCUGGAUCUCGCCAACGCCUUUGGCUCAGUCCCUCACAACCUCCUCUGGACCGCAUUUGACUUCUUCAGGGUCCCUGUAGCCCUAACAAGCCUUGUCAAGGCCUACUUCCAGGACGUGCAGGUGUGCCUAUCAACAGCAGAGUACACCACAGCAUGGCAGCAUCUAGAAGUGGGAAUUAUGGCCGGCUGCACCAUCUCCCCGCUAGCCUUCACAAUGGCCAUGGAGAUGAUAAUUCGAGCAUCUCGGUGGGUGGUUGGAGGACAGCUUAUAAGACCUGGCCUGAGGCUGCCGCCUGUGAGAGCUUACAUGGACGACCUUACCACCCUCACCACGACCAAGGCUUGCACUGUACGGCUACUGAAAAAGCUGCAAGAUAACAUCGAGCUGGCUCGGAUGAAGAUCAAGCCGAGCAAGUCCAGAAGCAUCUCCAUCGUCAAGGGGAAGCUGUCAGACCAACGCUUUCUCAUUGGCGAUGAGCCUAUUCCAACUGUCUCUGAGAAGCCUGUGAAGAGCCUUGGCCGAUGGUAUGAUGCCUCCCUUAAGGACAAAGAGCAAGUAGAUCAGCUCAGGAAGGAUGUAGCCAGCGGCCUGGAGAACAUCAACAGAACCGCACUACCUGGCAAGUUGAAGCUCUGGUGUAUGCAGUUUGGGCUCCUUCCACGCCUCUUAUGGCCACUUACCAUGUAUGAAGUCCCGAUCUCAAAGGUGGAAAAGCUGGAGAGGCUGGUCAGCUCAUAUGCAAGGAAGUGGCUUGGGCUUCCCAGGUGCCUCAGCAGUAUAGGGCUCUAUGGCAAAGGAGUAUUAGAACUGCCCAUUUCCAGUCUAGCAGAGGAGUAUAAAUGCGCCAAAGUUAGACUGGAGAUGAUGCUAUUGGAUUCGAGUGAUCCAUUUGUAGCCCAAGCUGCACCCAUCCUGGCUACUGGGAGGAAGUGGACCCCACUGGAAGCAACCAAGCAGGCAAAGGCAGCACUCAAGCACAGGGACAUCGUGGGCCGAGUGCAGCACGGGAGGAGUGGUCUUGGAGCCGGAGCCAGUACACCGGCCUGGAACAAGGCUACUCCGUUCCAGAGACGCAAGCUGGUGGUCCAGGAGGUACGUCAGCAAGAGGAGGCAGCAAGGUGUGCAAAAGCUGUUUCACAGGCAAAGCAGGGGCAGUGGAUGACUUGGGAGGGAGUGGAGAAGAGGAAGAUCUCCUGGCAGGAGCUGUGGGAGAUGGAGGCAUUUAAGGCUAGCUUCACCAUCAGGGCCGCUUAUGAUGUACUGCCGUCUCCCAAGAAUCUUAGCCAGUGGUACGGAGAAGACCCGACAUGCUCCCUCUGCCCGACUCCAGCUACACUAAAGCACAUCCUGGUGGGCUGCAAGACCGGCCUCACUCAAGGCCGGUACACCUGGCGGCACAACCAGGUGCUACAGUGUCUUGCGGCAGUGAUGGAGAGUCGACGGAUGAGCGUCAAUGCCCUUCCUCCACCAUCUCGUAGGCCGGCAACAACAUUUGUCCGGGAGGGCGGGGGCCAAGCCACUCUCACCACCACAAGACCAGAAACUGGACAGCUAGGUGGGGCACGGGACUGGAAGAUGCUGGCAGACCUAGGCCAGAAGCUCCGAUUUCCAGCAGAAAUAGCAACAUCAAAUCUGCGACCAGACCUUGUGCUUUGGUCGGCCUCACUCAAGCAGGUCUAUAUCGUCGAGCUCACGGUGCCCUGGGAGAGUGCGGUGGAAGAGGCUUACGAGCGCAAGAAGCUAAGGUAUGCGGACCUUGCAGCAGACGCACAACAACGAGGCUGGAAAGCUAAGGUCUGCCCAGUUGAAGUAGGCUGCAGAGGAUUUGUAGCCACCUCAACAUCCAGGCUUCUUCGAGAGAUGGGAGUGCGGGGGAAGGCCCACAGGCAGGCAGUCAAAGACCUUUCCAGGGCUGCUGAAAAGGGAAGUCAGUGGCUGUGGAUAAAGAGGAAGGACUCCGCCUGGGCUGUCGGAUGAGUGAUGGCAUCUAGGGAGUGAGCCCGGGACGCCGGAUCUCACUGCUGAACCCUCUGGAGGUGUCGUGGGUCAAUCAGCGAAACAUCGAAGAAGGAGGGCGCCCACUUGACAACCCAUAGGAUGCCAUCAAUCAUUCGACCAACCCACAGAGUCUCGAGUAUGCAGAAAGGGAUAUUAACACCUUGUCCUACAUAACAGAUCUA